AUGCAAAUUAUAAAUAUAAAUAUAAUAUUAAUAACAUUUAUAUUAAUUUGUAUAACAAUAAUAAUAAAUGGUAAUUUUAUAAUUGAUAAACGACAACAUAUUAUACGUAAUCGUCGUCAAUCGAUUCGAAUCGAUAUUGUUGAUAUUGAUGAUGAUGAUGAUGAUGAAAACGAUAGUGAGGGGGGUAAUAUCGAUGUUGAUGACGAUGAUGAUAACAAUAACGAUAUCGAAUAUGAAGGAAAAUCCAAAUUAAAUCAUUCGAAUCAUUUUGGUAAUAUUUAUAUAAAUCUUUUUCUUUUCUAUGAUCAACAAUUAUUUAGACGAUUUGGUCAUAAUAAACAACGUUUAUUUAAUUUUAUUUAUUCGAUUACAAAUUCCGUAUCGUUAUCAUAUAAUAAUCUGCCGAUGAAACAUUUGGCAAGGUUUUAUUUUACCAUAUUAGAUAUACAAUUAAUAUCACAAACCAUUCGUAUUGAUUCGGAUGCUGAUGGUGAACAAUAUCGUCAAUCAUUUCGACAAUAUUAUUAUCGUAAUCAAACAUUUCAACAACAAAUAUAUUCUGCUGCAAUUCUAUUAACUGGGUAUAAUUUUCGUUUUCGUCGUAAUAAAACCGAUACACAAGGUUUGGCAACUGUUGGUCAUGUUGCUUGUAAACGUCCACAUGAAUCAUUCAUUCUGGUUGAAGCUCGUAGUUAUCGUACAGCAUUUAUAAUGGCACAUGAAAUCGGACAUGUCCUAAAUAUGUAUCAUGAUGAAGAAUUACAAGAAACAAGUUGUAAUAUGAAUUUUAUAAUGUCAGCAACAACCGGUCCGGGUAAAACACAAUUUUCCAUCUGUAGUUAUUAUCAACUAAAAGAAUAUUUCAAUGUUAUGGAUCCUACAACUGAACAUUGUUUUCGUUUAAAAACGGAUAAAUUUUUAGCAAGAUUUCCUUGUGAUCAUUCUACUUCGGAUGACUGUAAAAUAGACUCACAAACAUUAACCGUUAAUGUGGAUGAACAAUGUCGUAUGUCAUUGGGUGAAACAUUUCGUGCAAACAUUUUAAAUACAAAAUUAAUAUCGAUUUGUACGAAAAUUCAAUGUACAAAUAAUUUAGUUAAUAUUUAUAUUGAUCCGGCUAUUGAAAAUACAACCUGUGCACCGAAUAAAUAUUGUCGAGCUGGUAAUUGUCUUUGAUUCGAAUCGACAGUCGAAUCAAAUCGAAUCGAAUGAUUUUUUGUAAAAAAA